CCACAGCAAAUUGAUCAAGCAGACGACCGGCUGACAUCAACAAUGGAACUCGGGAUGCUCAAAACGAUCACAGCCAACGUCUCGGAGACGAUGGAGCAGUACAACCUCCUGCAGGUGAUCUGGGACCAACGUAUCGGCCAUGAGGACACUCUCCGUUCACCCGUCUGGCCCGUGGUGAUGUCCGUAGGCUCCUACUUCGCUCUCAUUUUGCCCUUCAUGAUAACCGACCUGUGGGGCAAGGGAUGGAAAUGGAUACAAAAAUACAAAAUACAACCCGAAAAAGAUGUGACAUGGCCCUUGGUAAAAAAAACUGUAAUUUUGACGUUUUGGAACAAUUUACUGUACGUUCUUCCUACUGGGAUUGCGCAGUGUAUUUGGACUCCUGAUACGCCGCUACCAGCCAAGGCGCCCUCCAUGUUUGAAUUUAUGUGGCAGAUGACUGCGAUGACUGUGAUCUUCGAUUUUCAAUAUUUCAUAUGGCACUACAUGCAUCAUCGGUACCGCUGGCUGUACAAGACUUUCCACGCGAUACACCACGAGUACAACAGCCCGUUCAGCUGGGUGACGCAGUACCUCCAUCCUUGGGAGCUCAUCACGGUAGGAUUCUUCACCACUGUCAACCCCUGGCUAUUUCACUGUCACUGCAUGACAACUUGGGCAUGGAUGCUCUGGAACGUCAUCAUCAGUAUUGAGGCACACGUUGGCUUUGACUUUCCUUUCUCGCCGUGUUAUUGGUUACCAAACUGGGGAGGCGCUAUAAAGCACGACAUGCACCACAUGAAGCCCCUUACGAACUUCCAACCCUAUCUUACGCACUGGGACAAAUUCUUCGGGACGCAUUGCCCUGCGACCACGGCUGGUGGUGUGAAGCCAAAGGCUUUGCUUGAAUAUGAACAGAAACGCCGCGAAAGACGAUUCAAUAAGGAAGGACUGUUUACAAUUGACGGAUUCAUCAACGAGGACGACUCGAAAUCCGUAAACAGCAAGGGAGCCGCUCCGAGCAAUGGGCAUGCUGCGAAUGGGAGAGCGCCAGGAGAGACAGUUGGCGACAAGUCGGAAUAAGCUGACGAAUCGUAUAACGCAUCAACUACUUUAUAGACUUCUGAUCGGUUUGUAUAGGUUAUAACUCAAAGACAACUUGGUGUUGUCGUCAUCGUCUCCGUUUCCGCCUGUGUUACAAUGUACUGGAUAUUUGAGCCAAACUUAGAAGAAGAAAAAAAAUCCUUCAGUCAUUGCCCACCACUACAGUGUUUCCUAAGCUCAUUCUGAUGUGUUUCUGACGAGUUUGUAUAUUUUACAAUGGGAGAAGGCGUUCAACACUCCAAUAAAAACACAAAAUUUGUGAGGACAUUGUCUCCAAACGUGGUCCUGUUGUUAAAAACAAGUCAAGGCCAUCAUGAAAAUGGCGUUGACUUUAAGUUUAUGUUAGACGCACCCGCCAAGUUAAUUCUGCCGUCAAAACAUAGUUUCCAACUUUUUGAUCAACCAGGCCAUGAACUAGACGAAACCGAGCAUUAAUUGGUACGUUAUUCGCCUUUUAAAAUAUUUUUGAGAACUGAUAGUCGUUCUUUAUUCGAGUAUUAGUAUUUUUGUGUCCGAAUUUUCGAUUCACGAAUAGUAUAGGCAGUCACACAGGAAAAAGUCGCUUGAUAUAAUUGGGUACCGGUAUUUUUUUUAUCAAGUAGUUUAAUGUGUCGAAAAUGUUCGGAAUACCGAUCUUUCUAAGGACCAUGUCGGUGCUUGAUAGUACAGCUGCACCAAAUGUAGACGUGAGUCCAUCGUCUAGUAAUAACCCGGCAUCGAUUUAUCAAGUGUAACCUAGUUCCCACAACAAGCCAUCCUAAAUAUUCAAUUCCAUGAAAAGAUCCCAUGGUUUUGCUCAAGGGCAAAGACAGUCUACUUGCGAUAAUAUUUGGUUUUCACCUAACAUAUUUUUAUCAACCGCAGAAAACACACACAUGUCUCGGAAUUUCUUUUAGGCAUUCUGAUGAAAGUUUGCUAAACCCCGGGCCGGAGAAACGAACAGUUGCCCUCCCAUAAUAGGCAACGCUUUUAUUUACGAGUUUGGAUAGCUUACAGUUCCGAGGGUGUCCUUAAUUGAUAGAGUGGUUCUACUGUACUAGUCUAAGUUUACUUCCCUAAUACUUUUUUGAGAAUAAAAAAAAUCCCGCAUCUCAGGAUGAAGUUACAAAGGCAGGCCGUAAUCACUCCAUCGGUGGGCAGUCAGUGGCCCCGGGACGUCAAUCGAAAUAUCAGCGGUUUGAAUGUCGGUCUUUGGCGAAACGACUUGGAUUCAUGAUAGCCAACAAGGCAUAUAUAUUUGACCUGCCAAUGUAAACAAUCACACUUAAAUAAUCGGUGAAUGAAAGUAUCGUUGAGUCCGAGUACUAUCGACGAUAGUAAUAGACAUAAUCAAUAUCAAAGUCCAACAUUGAUCAAUUUAUCCUAACUGUGACAUGUUUAGUGCAUGUGUACUUAAAUGUUUUUUUCGGGUUAAGAAAUGCGGCUUUUUAAGAACUGUCGACUAUCGCAUAUCAGAAGCUUGUUUUUGCUCUUAAAUCGCUCGAGUCUUCCGAUAAGGUACGAAUACAUAAUCAAAAGAUGGGUUCUUUUGGAACGGACACGAUUUUGUCGAGACUGCCUGUCAUUGAAAAUAUAUACGUUGUUUCGAAACUCUAAUAAUCAACUAACAUGUAUAUAUCUAACUACAUGUACUGGGUUUGAACAUGGAUUUAAAGGGGGACUAUUUGCAGGAGCAGAGGGGCUAAUUUGGUCAUCUUCAAAUGACUAGUAUACACUGUAAGGGCCCUAGGUCAUGUCAGAUUCAGCACUAAAUAUAUUCCUCGCACAAGCAUGAAUCAUUUCGACGUACUGUGAGAUGUGAGAGACCCCUAUUGGCGACUUCGUGUAACUUUAUCUUGCCUGCUGCUGCUGCCUAUAUUGUCCCUUUAAAUGAGGAAUAUAUAGACAUGAGGAGUAUAGGGUUCAAAUAGGAAGUCUUCAGGUGACUUUAUAAUAUGCACAGAUAGGGGCCUUGGUUGUGAUUGAUUCAGCAAUGAUUACUAGCUCAUUCCUCAUACGUGAAUAGUUUCGAUGUAUUGUGAGCAGGAGAGACCCCUAUCGGCGAUUUGUAUCAGUCUUAAACUGACAUACAUGUACCUGGCUCCUGCCUAAUUUGUCAAGUUUUUGAAUACAUCUGAAGGGAAAAUAUCAAAUACAUACGUGUAUAUGUAAUUAAGGGAAGAAAGGAACGCCAUAAAACAAAGAAGCGGGUUUUUUUUUCUGAAGGCACCCUACUGUCAGAUACUAAGUUUUCGACCGUUGGCUCAACCAGAUAUUCUUGCAUAUUCGCCGCGAGGCUUAUAUAUUCUUGGUAUAAACCGGGAGUUAUAAUCGAAGUUAAGCACAUGUAGUGAUUUUUGUCUUCUGUUUGCUUUAAAUUGUGGGCUCCGUUUUAAAAAUCAGCCUGGGCAUGACCCAUUAACACACCUUUUUCCAUUGCUAGGGAAGUGGCUUCGAGGGUGGAUGGGUGUCUUCAGAUAUAUGUUCAAAUUUGACGAUACCUAAUGAUACUCCAAAAGUCUCCAGAGCAAUACUGUAAAGGGAGAAUAUACAGGCAGAGGGUGAGGGUUAUCAUCAGCAUAUUAAUGCUUAUUGCGGCUGUAUAUCCUGAUGAGGUCACCCUCCUAUACCAGGCGUUUUGAAUAUAUAAUGCACCCCGAAGAGGUUAUUCAGCUAAGUAAAAACCCUGAGGUUUUUCAAAACGUCAAAAACAAUCAGGAAUUUUUCAUUUUACCGAAAAACCUCAUCCACGGGUUGGAUAUUUGUAUAGGGGUUUUCAAAAUUUCAAAAAUCUUUUUUCUUAGAGUGUAUUAGUACUCAGCCGCCUCUCGAUAUCUUUUUGUUUAAUGACGUAUGGGAGUGAAAAAAUCUGCAGUCUCAGGAAGAAAUGAAGCCGCAUAAUGGCUAGCCAAUAAUCUGCUCUAAAAUAACGGGUAUAGUUUUUUGUAUUGUGCAUUUUGGUGAUUACAAGGCUGGUUUGUUAAUUUAGUUGAUGCCCGAUUGUGUAAUGUUUGCUUUGCUUGAUAAUGCUGUAUAAUGACAAUACAUUUUACACGAAUGGCAAUGAUAUUAAAUGCCAUAAAAGCCAUUCGUUCGCUGCGACCCUGACUAUUCUGUCAACGAUAUUUGUUCAGACGAUCAUUUAAUAAAAUUGA